AUGUCUGUAAACUCAACAACUUUGGCCCUCCUCAACGAUCAUCUCACUUCUGUACUCGCUACUUACGGCGGAAGGGAUAAAGCCAUCCGAUCCUUGGCUUUCUACCUCCAACUCCGAUCUACAAGCGCGCAAGAGCAUUCUAAGGAGAUUCUGGCGCUGGCCAAGCAGCUGAGUUCCACCCGUCUAGUGCUCCGGCAGUUCAACCAUCCAGGAAUGUUCAAAGCGUGUCGGCAGAUCCUCCAAACCCUCCAAUCCGGAAAGAUAGGCGAUCCAGUGGAAUUCCUCACAGGAGCAGCGGUCACGGUGAUUUACACAGUCUACGGACUUGUGGAGCUUCUCGCCUGGCUCAGCGACGCCAAGCUCUUGGCCUACGACUCAGCAAAACUUUACAAAUGGUGCCUUUACCUUUGGCUCAUGGCGUUGAUCAAUGGAAUUGUGAGGCAAUUGAGGGUAAUCUACCGGAAAGGAAUCGAAAAGUCGAAGGAGGACGUGCUUACUCUCGUUGGGCUAUCAUCGGACUUCAUCAGCGGCUUCAACAGUCUUCCGUACAAGGUUUUGUGGGCUGGAAAACUGUCUUUGCGGCAGAGUGCCUCGUUUUCCCUUCUCGCUUCUAUUAUUGGCUUCUACAAAUUAUGGUGA